AUGGUGUUGAACUACACCGAGAACAACGAUGUCGAACAGCCAAUGUCGGAUGCGGGCGAUCUGUACAUUGGAGAUGAAGCUUCUGACAUGGGCCCUUCUCCUGGGGAUAUCGAAGCCGUACAUGGACGUGAUGUUUCCAAGAAUAGCAAGAUCUUGUUCGGUCUUGGCAUCUUCAUCAUCCUUCUAGCGUCGAUUCCUCUCACCCUGUUUGGGCUCAACAACUUUAAGAUUUCAAACGGAUCUUCCUCGUCGGCAAGCAGUGUCGUCAUCCUGAACGAUGUUUGUUUGGAAGCGAUCACGUUGGAAAACACGGGUGCAUCUUAUGAAGCUACCACUAUUGGGGCCAAACAUGAUGAUGAUGGUGACAUUGAGAAGUGUGGUGUGGAUGUCGGCGUUGGUCCGACCGUGUGGUUUGCGGUCACCGGUACUGGAGGACCUCUCAAGAUGAUCAAGCAUGAACAAGCAGCAUUCGCAAACCAAAUGUCGGUCUACCAAGGUCACUGUGGUGAUCUCAAGUGCGUUACUGGAGAUAAUCUAAAGGGAACUGUCUUGUGGAACACCCAGCAAGGUCAAACCUACUUCAUUCGAGUGGGUGGUGUGAACGCAGCAUCCGGAAACUUCAAUCUUGUCCUUCAGGACCUCUCUGAAAACACUGCGGAAGUGACAGUCAAUGAUAAAUGUCAGACAUCCAUUGGGGUUUCCACGGAUGGCUCCAUUGUACCUGGAUCAACUACUUCUGCCACAUUUUCCAUGGAAGGCGCUGGAUCCUGCUACAGGACAAUGCAUGCUGGUAAGGGAGUAUGGUAUGAUGUCAUUGGUACUGGAGAAUCAUUGGUGGCUACUACGGAAAGUAGUGAUACCCAGCUGGCCGUGUUCUCUGGCAGUUGCGGCAGUCUGGAAUGUAUCACAGCAAGUGAAUUGGCGACCGGAGUUGCCUCUUACGUUCAGUGGCAGACCCAGCUGGCAGAGCGGUACUACAUUCUCGCCCAUGGAGUUGGCGGCGGGAAGGGUUCAUCUUUUGAGUUAUCUGUUGGCACCAAUUCUCCAGACGAAAACUACGUUAUCAACGACUUUUGCAAGACUGCAAUCGGGCCCGUGGCAUCGGAUGGCUCCCUUCAACACGGUUCUACCCAGUUUGCAACUGAGGACAGAGACGGAGCUGGAUCUUGCUACCCCGAAGCAUUGAAGGGCGAUGGCGUUUGGUAUUCAGUUCAAGGUACAGGAGAUUCUUUGAAGGUGUACCCAUCGGUCGACUCAGAGAUUGAGCCAUUGGUUUCGGUCUUCGAAGGAUCUUGUAGGAAGUUGAAAUGUGUUGAUGGCACAAGACACGAGAUCGACGAAGAAGAACGCAAGGUUCUCAAGUGGAGGUCCACCCAGGACGUGAUGUACUAUUUCCUUGUCAGAGGCGUUGACAAUGCAAAGGGCAACUUUGACGUCGUGGUGGAAUCUUUUUACGAGCCACCUCUUACCGAUGGAACAACAGACUCGCCAGGGGCAUCCAAUGCGGUUUCAAACGAACCCCCAUCCAACGAUUUGUGCGACACAGCAACUCAAGUAACAGAGCUUGGGUAUGCUGUGAGUAGCUCCACAGAAAGUGCGACAAAGUACUUGGACGGUAUCGCUGCAUGUCACAGCAGCACCCAAUCCAGCGCUGGGCCUGGUGUUUGGUUUCGAGUUGAAGGAACUGGCAACUUCAUGAUAGCCCGUACUUCAGCCGGCUCGGAGCUUGAUGCAUUCAUUUCUGUCUACUCUGGAGACUGCGAGGAACUUGUCUGCGUUGCUGAUACGGACGGUGAUAGCCGAACAAAGCGUUCGUAUACAUGGCAUUCAGCUUCCGGCAUCGUUUACUACUUGCUUGUCCAAGGCCGCUUCGACCAGACGGGCCAGUUUGACUUAAUCGUUGAGGAACCUGAAGGUGCUAUCACUGUUCCCACCAACGUUCCUGACGCUGUGAUCGCUCCAAACGACAAGUGCGACGGUGCGGUGGGGCCAAUUCCCACAAAUGGAACUGUUUUUGGAGGGUCCAACAGGCAUGGAACCGUCGACGCUGAAGGUGAAGGUUCCUGCUAUGGCAACAACGUUACUGGCAUUGGUGUCUGGUACAAAGUUAUUGGCACAGGAGGCACCCUUGAAAUCCUCUCCAAAGGCUUGGCAGGGUUUACUUUCUCGGUUAGUCUCUUCGGUGGGUACGACUGCGAAAACUUGUCAUGCAUCAAGUCCGACUAUGUCCCUGCAAACAAAGCUGGGGUUCUGGCAUGGAGUUCAGUUUUGAACGUACCCUACUAUGUGAUGGUUCAUGGGGUAGGAGACGCCGAAGGGCUGUUCGAACUGAUGGUCCUUCCAACUCGGGCAGAAGGAGAGGCUCCCGGCCUUCACACCAGUCCUCCUGACAAUGGUGGCUCCGUGCAAAUUGAAAUCAUUACUGAAAACGAUACAUGCGAGAAAGCAGUAGGUCCUAUUUCAUCAGUUGAUGCCAGGGUUGCAGCUUCCACAUCAAGUGCAAAUGUGUGGGAGUACCUUGAGGCAGGGGCUUGCUCCACACCAGGAGCUGCUGGAGCAUGGUACACUGUUCAAGGAGCUGACGCAGUCAUCAAGGCAACCAUCACCGAUUCAUCUGCCGAUAAAACAGUCGACAUUUCAGUUUUCACUGGGGACUGUCACUUUUUAACUUGUGUGGAGAGCACAGCCAACCUCAACACCUCUGCCGCUACCAAGUCCGUUCUGUGGAGCGCGCCAAGUGAUCAACUCUACUACAUCUAUGUUCACAGUCCAAUUGGGUCAACUGGCUCUUUUGAUCUCCAGUUGGCACAUGUCGAAAAUGAGAAUGAUAGAUGUGAGAAAGCAGUUGGUCCACUGCCAUCAGCUGAAACCCAGGUCUCAGCAACAACUUCAAGCGCACAUGUGUGGUCCUAUCUGCAAGCAGGGAUGUGCUCCACACCAGGAGCCGCUGGAACAUGGUAUACCGUUCAAGGAUCUGGCACACUCAUUAAGGCUACUGUGCAGGAUUCGUCUGAUGGCAAUACAACAGAUAUUUCUAUCUUCACUGGUGGGUGCCAUUUCCUCACUUGCCUGGAGAGCGAAGCCUCUCGUGGCAGGUCGACAAAGUCUGUAUGGUGGGAAUCAUCACGUGACCAACUCUACUACAUCUUUGUUCACAGUCCUAUUGGGUUAACUGGCCCCUUUGAGCUGACGUUGGAGCACAUUGAAGCACCCAGCAACAAUGAGUGUACUGCGGACCUACCUGCUCUCGUUCCCAGCGAUACGUUUGUUGAGGGAUCGACAGAAGGAGCUUCGUCCGACCCUGCAAGGGGCAAUUGCCACCAGAUGUCAAACGGACCUGGAGUAUGGUAUCGAAUUGUUGGAACUGGAUCGGCAAUGUCGCUGGUCACCAACAACACGCAAGGAAUCGUGCUAAUUUCGGUCUUCAGUGGAGGCUGCGACGAGCUCAGCUGCUUGAAUGGAAUCAGCUCUUUCAUGCCCAAUAGAGGGCCCUACUCGUGGGUGACAGAAGCAGGUGCGAGCUACUUCCUGCACGUUCAAACUUUCCUUGGCCCGCCAACAUUCCAAUUCAGGCUGGAAGAACACGACGAGACAGAUGCUCCCAGCGUAGCUCCGACCGCAGAGCCAACUUCUGCUCCGACUGUUCAGCCAACUGCAGCGGCAACCGAUCCAGCUCCCGAGAAUGAUGUGUGUGACAAUGCCAUCGGACCUCUGCAGAGUGGUAGCCGUCAAAAUGGACGUUUCGACCAUGCGACCGCAGCCUCAGUCGGAACUUGCGGAACUGCCAGAAACAGCAACCCCGGUCUCUGGUUCACAGUCAAUGGAACCGGUGCUGGAAUCCGACUCUCCACAUGCAAAUCUUUUGUCGCCGGGUCCCAAGAGGUCAACUCAGGCCAUGUGAGCGUUUCUGUUUUCAGGCAAAGCUGUGGAGAUCUUCAAUGUCAUGUCGGCAGCAACAACACUUGCUCGGGCAGCGGUACUAUCAACUGGAACACCGAGAAAGAUGAACUCUACCACGUUCUGAUUACAGGUGACCCAGCGGACCAAGAGCCGUACGUCCUCUUGCAUGACGAUACCGACUGGUUUGCUCGCAAUUGCAAGGGCGAGUCGACGGAAUUCGUUGAGCAGUUGCACAUUUUGAAGCAAAUAUUUGACCUUACGGGAAACACCAAGCGUUCCGGUCCUCUUCUGGACAACAAGGGCUGGCUCAGUGGAUGCGACGUUUGCAACAAAUGGGGUGGACUCGAAUGCAACCAAGAUUCCGAAGUAACGAGAAUUCACCUGAGUGGUCAAACUCCUCCGCUCCGAGGCCGUUUACCUCUGUCAAUGCGUUCACUGCAGCGGCUUACUGUACUGGAUAUGAGCGACAAUGAGAUCAACGGAACCAUCCCUGAUUUUAGGGACGUUGAAUCACUUCAGAGCAUCAAUCUAAGAGGAAACAACUUUACCGGGCACAUUCACGAAUGGAUCAGCAAUCUCAGAAGUCUCGUUCACCUCGAUUUGAACAGCAACUCGUUCUCUGGGCAAAUUCCGCAGGGCAUCUCGGAAUUGAAAUCGCUUCAAAUUGUCGCUCUGGCGAAUAACUCCAUUGGCGGAACUAUCCCGUCUGGCAUUAGUGAAUUGGAUGAACUCGAGAUCUUGCAGCUACAUCUGAACAACUUCACAGGCCAAGUUCCAAGUGAGCUAGGACAAAUGACGCAACUCGUCAACCUGGAGCUGCACGGCAACAACCUAUCUGGGAGCAUCCCAGACGAAAUUUGUCAAUUGCGAACCAAUGGUGCUUUGGCAUCGCUCACGGCUGACUGUGGCGGAUCUUCUCCAAAGAUAUCUUGCCCUUCCGACUGUUGCACCGCAUGCUUGUAA